GCAAUUUACAUUGCGGAAGUUGGGACUUAAAAUCCACUUAGAUUAACAUCAUCUAAUACUAACUAAUAAUACAACAUUAUGCUAGUAGCUUCCAUAAACCUAACUCCAAGCUAUGAACACUCUACUCUUCAAAUGGGCUUUGAGAAGUAGAAGGAAAAGGUAUAAACUGAUAGAAAGCUUAACAAUCAACAACAAAUAGGAUUAAUUAGUGCCAAAAAAAGCGGCUGGCCGGAGCGGCUGACCGUGGACGUGGAGGAGCUCUGGUGCCUCAAUCCUCUUCGCCAAGCCCAACGGUGAGGGCUGCGGAUGUGAGAUAAGGGCGCUUCGGCUUCCUUCGCCUCGGCGGCCCUACGCCGCCCGUGCCCCGACGGCCGGCAGCCGGCAUCUCUCGCCGCCUCGCACCCCCGUGGCCAAUCUUCUAGGUGGCUCCGUGUCGAAGCGCCAUGGCGGCCCACGGCUCCAUGCGCGGCGGCCUCGCAGCUCCAUUUGGUAAGUUGGGGAACAUGGGGUUGGUCUUAGUGCUGUUUGAGACGCCCUCUGGCUUUGCCAUAUUCAACAUUGAUGGUGUCCAGUUGUUUCUACCAAAAGCGGAGGAGAACAUCUGGGCAAACUAUGUCAAAGAUUAUAUGACACACCGCGUUAUCUGGCUGAAAGAAUUCAAGACUUUCAAGAACAAGUCCAAUGCAUUUAACCACACUGGUAUAAACAGUGAGCUUGCUCAGAUGAUUAAGAAAUGGCGCCUCCCAGGUCAAUUAUUAGCUGUUGGAAAGCAGGAGCACAAAACAAUCAUUGAACAGAAGUUGAAAAUAUCCUGCCUGUUUAAUGAGGCUGUAAUGGAGGUGAUGUGGGGCAUAAAACAUCUCAUGAAGAGUUUAGUGCCUCAGGAAAAAUCUGAGCUGCCUAUGGAGGAGCGCCUGCUGAUGAGUUAUGGAUUAAAGACUCUGCUGAAUCGUCAUGGUUUUAAUGUUAAACCAGAGAUGGUGUUUUAUGUGAUCCUGAAAAUGAAGAUGGACAUGAUGAUCCUGAAGUGGUACACCACAAAUCUUCCGAAUUCAUUCUCAGUUUAUCACUGUUGGAUGUAAUCUAGUCAUUUAAGUAAUGGGCCAAAGCGUGUUCAUGAUGAUCCUGAAGUGGUACACCACAAAUCUUCCGAAUUCAUUCUCGGUUUAUCACUGUUGGAUGUAAUCUAGUCAUUUAAGUAAGAGCAAGUAUUAUAGCAGGCUGUAAGCCAGCUAAAUGCUGAGGUGGAGGAGAGAGAAGAAGAGAGAGAGUAAGAGCGGGCUGUAAGCUUACAGCCGGCCCAGACACAAAAACCAAGAAAGUCUGUGAGAUAGACAAGUGGGCCAUGUAUUAAUAGUGAUGAACUAACCAUUAUAUGAUUGGGCUACAAGAAGGCUGUAAAGAAAUCUUACAGCCAGCUGCUAGCUGUAUUAUAAUA